AUGGUCAUGUCGAUCGAUAUCAACACGCAGGCGAAAGAAGGAUUCGAUCCAUACACCAUACGGGACUCUUUCUAUGGUAAUCGAAACAUAUUAACGUCUACCAACCUCUACACGUCGAUGCUCCUAGACCUUGCUGAUAACGCAUUCGCUAAAAGUCGAAACAGCGUAACCGAAAGCGAGUAUGAUGGUGCUGACCGAUUGUAUCAGCUCCACCUCUUUCGCAGGCAUGUUAAGAAAUGGUUAGAUCCUUCCCUUGACGAAGGUCCAUUUGUUUUGAUCCAUGGUGAUCUUCAGCCUUAUAACUUGAUUGUCAACGAGGAGAUGGAAGUCACCUCUGUUUUGGACUGGGAAUGGAGUCGUAUCGUACCCCGACAAUUCUUCAAGCCACCCCUCUGGCUUUCUAACCAUAUACCUCCAACGCUAGCCUUCGCCUUAGUCUACAAAUCACUGUACCUCAAGUCCUUUGACAAAUUCCUUGCCAUAACGAGAACGCUAGAGCAGGAUAUGUACGGCAAUGAGCUACUAUCAAACGAGUGGACAACGGAAAAAUCAGACAGAGGGUUCCUUAUAUCCAACGCCCUAGAGAGUUGGACAGAGAUAGACUAUUUCGCUAGCCGAUAUCUCGACGACAUAUAUACUACCAGAAUAAGAACUUGCAGGAGCGUGUAUGGGCAUUUAUAG